UACACCACGCUCUGUCUGGACACUCGUGCGCGUCCAGGAGGCGGGGAAGGCGCGCGUCGUUUACUGUGUCCCCGCCACUGUUAGUGUCCAGGUGACGGAGGUGCGUCAGAUAGCGGGAGGAUUAUUUGCUCCAGGUCUCGUCGACACGUGGGAAAGAGCCACGGCCUGAGUGAGAGCAAUCGAUCUCCAAGAGGACUUCGGCUUUUGCUCGCCAAGUUUUCAGAGGCGCAGGUGGCAGCGCCUAUGAUGUCGCAAAGGCAUCGUCGAGAGGUUCUAGGACAGUCGUCCGAUUCUUCCGGAGGGAGUCCAGGCGCAAAAUAAAAGCCGAGAAAUUCCGCGAUACUCUAGCGCGGGACAUGUCGCUGAGAUAACAGCAGAAAAGGAGCGCGUUGAGAGUCGUCCGGCUAUUGGCUCGCGGUCGGGGGAGAUCGCCGAGGGUAGGACUAAGACAACGACGAGCAGGCGAUUACAGGUCGGGACGCGAAUCGUGCGCCAGAUAGUCGAGAGCAAUGGGCUUUCCGCGCCGGCGUUCCUUGUGGCUCAAGGUCGCGAUCCUCGCGGGUGCCGUCUGGCUGACCGUCUGCUUUCUCCUUUAUACGGAGGACAGGGCGGCUGCCGUUGCCGACCAAGGACUUCAGCAGCCGAUCCAGCAAGCGGUCCAGCAGCAGCCUCUAAUGGCCGCGCCUCAGAUGGCCAAUGGCUUCGUGCCGCCCGCGGUCCAAGCUAUUAAGAAGGAGACCCUUACGAACGUCGUCAGCAAAUCUAAGGCGAACCACGCAGGUCCCGAUCAAGGCGGUGGGGUAUUGGCAGCACCUCGGGAACAAGACGGGUCGGCUCCAGGUGAAAUGGGUAGGCCAGUUAUCUUACCGACGAAUCUUACAACGGAAAUCAAGAAGUUGGUGGACGACGGAUGGAUCAACAAUGCUUUCAAUCAGUACGCUAGCGAUUUGAUUUCCGUACAUAGAACGCUCCCAGAUCCUCGAGAUUCUUGGUGUAAAGAGCCCGGAAGGUAUCUAAAGGAGCUUCCGCCAACGGCCGUUAUUAUUUGCUUUCACAACGAGGCCUGGUCAGUUCUCUUGCGGACGGUCCAUUCUGUCCUCGACAGGUCGCCCAACCACCUCAUCCAGGAAAUUAUCCUCGUCGACGAUUUCUCAGACAUGCCUCACCUGAAACGUCAGCUGGAGGACUACAUGAUGAAUUAUCCGAAGGUGAAAAUUCUGCGGGCCUCGAAGCGCGAAGGUCUGAUUAGGGCCCGAUUGCUCGGGGCCGCGGUGGCCAAGGCGCCGGUUCUCACUUACCUGGACAGUCACUGCGAGUGUACGGAUGGAUGGCUGGAACCUCUCCUCGACCGCAUCGCCCGUAACCAGACGACGGUCGUCUGCCCGGUCAUAGACGUAAUCGACGACACGACACUCGAGUACCAUUGGCGAGACUCGGGCGGUGUCAAUGUCGGUGGUUUCGACUGGAAUCUACAAUUCAACUGGCACGGGGUACCUGAUCGCGAGAGGAAGCGGCACAAAAAUUCGGCUGAGCCGGUCUGGUCGCCGACGAUGGCCGGUGGUCUUUUCGCCAUCGACCGACUAUUUUUCGAGCGUCUCGGCACCUACGACAGUGGCUUCGACAUCUGGGGCGGCGAAAACCUGGAGCUCUCCUUUAAGACUUGGAUGUGCGGGGGAACAUUGGAAAUUAUACCGUGUUCUCACGUGGGGCAUAUCUUCCGCAAACGCUCACCCUACAAAUGGCGAACCGGCGUGAACGUGCUGAAGAGGAACAGCAUGAGACUUAGCGAAGUGUGGCUUGACGAGUAUGCCAAGUACUACUACCAACGGAUAGGUCACGAUAAGGGAAAUUACGGAGACGUGUCAGACCGUAAAGCACUAAGAAGAAAGCUUGGAUGCAAGUCUUUCAAAUGGUAUCUUGACAAUAUUUAUCCAGAGCUCUUCAUUCCCGGAGAAGCUGUCUCAUCCGGCGAGGUGCGAAACUUGGGCGAGGGCGGGAACACCUGUUUGGAUUCGCCGGCACGCAAGAUUGAUUUGCACAAGCCGGCCGGGCUCUACCCAUGCCAUCGCCAAGGAGGCAACCAGUACUGGAUGAUGAGCAAAACAGGGGAAAUACGCAGAGACGAGGCCUGUCUUGAUUACAGCGGCACAGACGUCAUAAUCUAUCCGUGUCACGGUAGCAAAGGCAACCAGCAAUGGACUUAUAAUGCACAGACGAAGCAGAUAAAGCACGAGAGCAGUGGCAAAUGCAUGUCCAUCACCGAGAGCAAGAUCCGGCUGCUGAUGGAGGAGUGCGCGGCUGCGGCGCCUCGGCAGAAAUGGGUCCUGGAGAACUACGACCCCACGAAGCUGUGAUAUCGCGUGCCGCUCCGGGCGCUCCAGCAAUAACAGCGGCAGCGACGGCAGGAGUCGCUGCCCCAACGCUGAUGAUGCCCGUCGAGAAGCCAAGGAGCCUCUUUCUACUACAUUCCAGCU